AUGACGGAUAUUGCUCAUCCCGGAGGCUUAGGCCUGCCGGAUGUCGACCAAGGACCUAAGAUUAUCAUAGCCACGGCUAUCACAACUUCUGCUGCAUUGAUUGCUGUUUUGGCCAGGUUCUAUGUGCGCAUAUUCCUGAUUCGCAAUGUCGGAUGGGACGAUUAUGCCAUGGGGUUGACAAUGCUGUUAUCUGCCUGUGGGUUUGCUAUCAUCGUGCCUGAGGUGAAGUACGGCGCAGGCAGGCACCAGGCCUACGUCCAAGAGACCGCGGUAGAAGCAAUGCGAUUGAAUUUCGCUACUCAGUGUAUCUAUAUGUGGGCUAUUGGUUUGGCGAAAGUGUCAAUCGGCCUGUUCUUGGUUCGCUUCGCAUCCCGCAAGGUCUAUAAGAACUUUAUCUGGUCCAUCAUUGUUGUUGUGGCCCUCUACACGACUAUUUGCUUCCUGACUCUUAUCUUCCAAUGCAAGGAUAUCCGAUCCAACUGGGAUACUUCAAUUCAAUCGAAAUGUUUCAAACCCAAGCAGAUCUUGACUCUGAGUUAUGCAAACACGGCACUGAAUAUCGUAUCUGAUCUCAUUUUUGCAAUACUGCCAGUAUUCAUGCUCCGUCAUCUCCAAGUCAACAUUCGAGUGAAAGCAUCCCUGAUCUGCAUUCUAGGCCUGGGAAUCUUUGCCUGCGCAGCCGCAUGCGCCAAACUCUCCACCGUCCAAAACUACGGCCACACCACCGACUCCCUCUGGGAGUAUACCAACCUUACAAUCUGGGUCGUCACGGAAUGCAACACAGGCAUCGUAGCCGGCACCCUGCCAACCCUAAAACCCCUCUUCAAGAGUAUCCUCGGCACAUACGCCCCCCAAACAAAAUCCCGCCAAUAUCACGACAGCCAGAGAUACACAAUGCACACAAUGAACACAAUGUCCCGCACAAAGGCCCAAUUCCACGCACACCGAACCAGCAACCUCAGCAUCAUCGAGCACGACCUCGACCUCAAGAUGCCCCGGGCUCGCAUUGCCAACGUCAAUGCCAACUAUGCUGGAAGCGAGCGUAGCAAUUCCAGUGAAGAGCGCAUACUGCCUACUACGCAUGGUGACCGAGGUAUUUUCUGUACGACUGAGGUCUCGAUCUCGCACGCGCAUGAACCGCAGGAGGAGAGUACUUCGACUAGUGCACCGAAGUUGGCAAGGAUGGGGUCGGUCGGUGGAGUUAGGGUUAAUGGGGAGGAUCGGGUUUGA